CAUGUGAAAUGUUAUGAAGGCUAUUUAUCCGUUCCAGUGGUGCAGUUAUCGUCAUUGAGUUGGCUGAGUGGUGGUGUGGCCGGCAACGGAUCACACGUAUUCAUUCCUGAAAUUGUUGGCUUGGUGCCUUACAUCGUUGCCGAACCUUCGAACCAUCCCAGCAUUCGCCUGGAUGUCCCAGGGAAACCCCGUCACGCGGGAUCUUGCUGCCCUGAGGAAGUAGUGCUGGCUCAGACAGCAGGAUCGGUGCAGUCAGCAGGAGCGGUGCAGACAGCAGGAUCGGGGCAACCAGCGUGAGAGGAGAGAGAGAGAGCGCCCUGCCAGCCUUCCAACUACCAUCACAUAUUUUCUCUGCACCGAAAUAGGGCCCUUCAUGUAUAAUGGCCUACUGGUCACAUCUUUAGCUAAGUUCACGUCGAGUUCACUAUUUGUGGUAUGAACUGAACGUUAUUUUCUUCUUUUAUUAUUCACAUCUAACAUGUUUCCAAAAACUAAGCAAUGUUUGCUGUAUGAUUCUGAAGAUUCGCUCCAAUACACAGUUAAUUGCUGAUUAAUUUUGUGUUAAUUUUAGAGUUAUUUUUAUAUUAGUCUUUUAACUGGAGUUAUGCCCUAAUAUUUUGAUGUUAUAUCAAAAGUUGAAUGCCUUCCCAGAGUGUAGAAGAGUUAAGUAUUUUCUAAACCAACUUUUGUCUUCCAAUUAAGACUGCACUCUUUGAAAAAAAACAACAACAACAAUGUAAAUAUAUUACGCAGAGAUGUGAUUUUUCUUUCAUUUAUGCAAUAAAUGUAAAUUUACACAUCUUACUCUCUUUACGAUUUUCAUUAAGGGAUUACAUACAAAAUGGGGAUUUCAAUAUUGAUUAUUGAAAUAUUGAACCAAUGUAUUCAAAAUGAAUAUGUAAGUUAACUCAUAACUUUUUGCAUUAAACAUUAUUUUAAAAUAUUUUUACAUAUUUGUGAAUAUUAAAUGUUUUAAAAAUAUUUUGAAACAUUUUUUUCUGCGGGACACUAAGCAUGGAUUAAGCGUGCUUAUGCUGUUUCAGUACACUAAUUAACAUAAUAAAAUUGCGGAUUAUAUUUCUAGUUGUUAAAAAAUAGUAUAAAAGAAUAAAACUGAUGAAAUUUUUUUUAGAGAAUCGUGAAACAUUCUCAACCGUAAUAAAAUAAACA